CGAGGCUGGGAUGUUCAACCAGGGAACAUCUCUAGUACCAGUUGGCGAUUCCUCUUUCCUGCCCUCUCUAACCACCCCAACUACUCAUCUGACUGCAACAACAUUCACUCUCUCGACUUCCCUCUUGGCUAUGGCACCGCUAUGUCGUUCAUUAAUGCUUUGAAAGAUUCCGAGUAUUUAGAUAAAUACACAGAGUCCUUUACAAUUGACAUCAACUUCUACGACCCCAAUUUGAAGCUGUUCAGCGUUGUGCACAUGGCCAUAGACCAUUCUGAAAUUGGCAGUCUCAUGCCAGAAGCAAAAACCACGUUGUUUCGAUUGUUUCAAUACGAAAGCGCUAAUGACUACACUAGUCUGUUUCUGCACAUCGUAUUCACACUUCUCUUCUUAGUCAUACACUUCAAGGAGGUUAAGUCAGUGGUAGAUACAGGGUGGGUGUAUUUUACUUCUCCGUGGAAUGCUGUUGGAUGGUUCAGCCUCAUCUGUACGGCAACAACCAUCUCCGUCUUCAUCAAGCGGUACGCCGUGGCUGCUGAUACACUCGCCUUGGUGGCCAGGAGCAAUGGAGAUCUGGGAUUUCAAGAGUUUGUGGACCUGACAACCGCUGCUUGGUGGGAUGCUUGUUUCAAACACGUCUUGGGUAUCACCGUCUUCAUCAACACCAUCUCCUUACUGCGCAUCGUCCGCUUCAGUCAAACGAUCGGCAAACUCCUGGCUCUACCCGGCAUCAUGAAGGAGGAAAUCUUGUCGUUCUCGGUCGUUGCUGUAGUUGCCUUCACGGCCUUCAUCAGCUCCGGGUACCUUGUGUUUGGGAGCCACAUAGAGUCGUACUCGGACCUGUACCAAACAACAUACGCGCUAUUUGAGAUGAUGCUUGGCAGGUUUUUUGCCAAUGAAAUGCUGGAUUCCAACCCCAUUACCGGGCCGAUCUUCUUCUCCACAUUCAUGAUCUGCAUCUUCAUCCUCCUGAUGAACUUCCUCAUGACCAUCAUCUGUGACGCCAUUUCCGCUGACGUUGACGUCACCCAUGACCGUGAACUUGCCGAUCACGUGUGGAGGAGCUUCAAUGCCAUGUUGGGUUUCCACAGCCCACCAAACAAUCAGGACAAAGCAGGUGAACCGAAGCUGGAAGAGCUGCAAGCUAACCUACGCCUUCUUCAGGAUGGACUUGAUGAAAGCUUGGACAUCUGUAACUCCAUCCUUCCACGGGACGACCGGGGCCGUGUCAACGUCAGAACACGAAAAUGCCAAACACGUGCCUCUCAGAAGCAGUCCUGUCCAGUCAUUGAUACUGAGUGUAAAGUGACAAUACAUAUCGAACCAGCAUCAGAUACGGAUUCAGAGGUCUAAAUAAUGUCAUUUUACCUACCGUCAUUCAUAUCUGGCUGUAAAUAUGUUUAAUGGCUUGAAUUGGAAGCUUGUAAGCACAUUUGAUUUGUAUGUCUGUGAUUAAAAUAACUCGUACUGUAUAAAUUUCAUUGAGAUAGUUUUGAACUGUGUUAUAAAAUGUUUUGAUAGGACUAUAUAUAAGCAGUUUUCUAAGUAAUUAUAAUGAU